UGUUUUCUAAACUUAUUUAAGACGUUGCUAUUUUAAGCUUGUAAGCUGCUUCUUUUGGAAGUGGAUGUGGCCAGAUCGCUUUUAAGCUAAGCCAAACAGAGCAUGGUCUCUUUUGAUCUGCAUUUCAAGAGUCGGGAAAAAAUCGCCUUCUUAGCUUGGGAUAUUUUUCCACAGCCAAAAGUAUCGUGGUUUUGCGGAAUGAAAUGCAUCGAACCCUGUUCGCGAAUCUGCCGGAAGUCAGUAAAUGUUGAAGCACAUGGAAAAUAAUCUCAGCUAGGCAUUUUUACAAACAGUUUGUAGUACUGCAGCGAACACAUGCUUAUUCAAGAUUCUGUACAGACUUCGGUUCGGAACCACUUACGAAAAAACCCAUGAACUAUCCAACUCAGACCCUCAAAACCCUUUUGAGAAACCCCAUAACCAUCAAAACAGGCUCUCAAGCCAAGCAACUGCAUGCUCAAAUUAUUAAAUUUCAAGGAAGGGGAACCCCCUUUUAUGCAUUCACUACUAUAGUUCUUUCCAUUUACUCCAACUUGAACCUAUUUGAAGAUUGCCUCUUACUUUUCAAGACCUUCCACUCUCCACCCCCUGCCAGGGCCUGGAAAUCCGUUAUCAAAUGUUAUGUGUCUAAUGGGCAUUUUGUGGAGUCUUUGACUUGUUUUAACAAAAUGAGGGCUUUGGGGAAAACCCCAGAUAGGAAUGUGUUUCCUUCCGUGCUGAAAGCUUGUGCUCAUUUGAGGGACUUGAAAUUUGGUGAAGCUGUGCAUGGAAGUAUUAUAAGGCUUGGUAUGGAACCCGAUCUUUAUACUGGAAAUGCUUUAAUGAACAUGUAUGCAAAGUUGGUCUCUUUGGAAGGUGUGAAUGUGCUUGAUGGUGUUUCUGAACCAAAGGGAAUGUUUGGAAUUAAUGAGAAUUUGAAGGACGAUGAUAAUUCAUGUCAAUUUUUUAAUAAAAAUUUGAGAAAUGAGUUGGCUCACAGUAGUGAUAGUAGCAUUUUUCAUUUUUGUAGGAGUGAUUUGAUUGGUUCUGAUGGUUCAUGCGAAUUAAGUCAAGAUGUUCGAAAUCAAAUUGCAAGUGUUGAUCAAAAAGCUUAUUUCAAUAAUAAUGUGAAGAGUCAGUCGGAUUCUAGUGGUGGAGGGAUGGAAAUCGUUGAUGGUUUGAAGAAAAGAAAGAAUGAAGCUUUAUGCUGCCUGGAUAGUGUGAGAAAAGUUUUUGAAAUGAUGGUAGUUAGAGAUGGUGUCUCAUGGAAUACAUUUAUUGGAGGGCAAGUGCAAAAUGGGAUGUAUGAGGAAGCUCUGAUUACAGUAAGGGAGAUGGGGAAUGCGAAUUUGAAGCCUGAUUCUUUCACUCUAUCUACGAUUCUUCCUAUCUUUUCAGAGUAUGUAGAUGUGAUGAAGGGAAAGGAGAUUCAUGGGUAUGUCAUCAGGCAUGAGUUUGAAGAAGAUGUUUAUGUUGGAAGUAGUUUGAUUGAUAUGUAUGCAAAUUGUACCCGGGUGGAAGAUUCUUACAAGGUUUUCAAUUUGUCACCUCGAAAGGAUAGUGUUUUGUGGAAUUCAAUAAUAGCAGCGUGUGUGCAGAAUGGCAGGUUUGAUGCAGGGCUGAAAUGGUUUAGGGAGAUGUUAAUGUCUGGUAUUGAGCCUGUGGGUGUUUCAUUUUCGAGCAUAAUGCCGGCUUGUGCUCAUUUGACGACUUUACAUUUAGGUAAGCAGCUCCACGGAUGUGUCAUGAGGCUGGGUUUUGGUGAUAACAAAUAUGUAGCUAGCUCCCUGAUGGACAUGUAUGCGAAGUGUGGUAACAUAAGGAUUGCUCGGUGGAUAUUUGAUAACAUGGAGAAUCAAGAUGCAAUUUCAUGGACAGCCAUGAUCAUGGGAUAUGCAUUGCAUGGCCAUGCCCAUGAGGCCAUCUUGUUAUUCACGAAGAUGGAGAUGGAGGGAGUGAAGCCCAAUUCUGUUUCCUUUGUGGCUGUUUUGACGGCAUGUAGCCAUGCUGGAUUGGUUAAUGAAGCUUGGAAAUAUUUAAGAAGUAUGACUCAGAACUAUGCUAUUACUCCAGGUCUAGAGCACUAUGCUGCUGUCUCAGAUGUUCUCGGUCGAGCAGGAAGAUUGGAUGAAGCUUACAAGUUUAUCUCUAGCCUGCAUAUUAAAACAACAGGAAGUAUUUGGUCCACAUUGCUGUCUGCUUGCCGAGUUCACAAGAAUGUUGAACUGGCUGAAAAAAUUGCCAAUGAAAUAUUUAAGAUUGAUCCUGAAUAUAUGGGUGCUUAUAUUCUCUUGUCCAAUGUUUAUGUUGCUGCUGGGAGGUGGAAAAAUGCGGCAAAGAUCAGAAUUACCAUGGGAAAAAAGGGGAUGAAAAAGAAGCCGGCAUGCAGUUGGAUUGAAGUUAAAAACAAGGUACAUGCUUUUGUGGCAGGAGAUGAAAACCAUCCAGAUUAUGGGCGGAUAAACGAGGCUCUGCAAAAACUUUUGGAACAGAUGGAACAGGAAGGGUAUGUUCCAGAUACAAAUGAGGUGCUACAUGAUGUUGAUGAGGAACAGAAGAGAUAUGUAUUGUCUGCUCAUAGUGAACGUCUUGCAAUCGGAUUUGGCAUUAUUAGUACUCCUGAUGGAACAACAAUUCGUGUCACAAAGAAUCUUAGAGUAUGCACGGACUGCCAUACAGCUACAAAAUUCAUAUCCAAGAUACUGGGUAGAGAGAUAAUUGUCCGAGAUAAUAGCCGAUAUCACCAUUUUAAGGAUGGAGAAUGUUCGUGUGGAGAUUAUUGGUGAGAAGACUUGUAAGAUGUCACCAACAAUGUACAUUAUAAGCAUUUUCCUUGAUAUACACCCACUUGAUAAUAUGCAGUUAUAUAGCAUUUCCAGGGGGAUAUCAGGGACCAUUUCUUGAUGGGGCUGAAUAUAAGAUUCUGUUUUAUUUACGUUCAUGAGCGUACCAACUUGCUUGUAACAUUGUUUGUGGUCUGGAGACUAUAGAUAUAUGUGAAGUCACUUACUUUUGGUUGGAUGACUUUCAUCGACGGAAUUUGAGGAAGAUACACUGUUCUAAAUAUGGAAAAGACCUAAGGAGGAUGUGUGUAGUCUGCUACUUUAGCUCUUAGUAUUUAACCAUCAAAGAGGUUGCUUGUAUUGGGAGCAGUUAUUACAAACAGAUUUUGAGUAUUAAACAUUUGUUAAUCUUC